UCCUCUCUCUCUUCUCACUUCGGCUUCCCCAACCCCCCACCUACCUCCGAGAAACCCAACCAGCGUUCCUGACCUCCAUUCCCUCUCUCUCUUUCCACUUCGUCUUCCCCAACCUCCAUUCCCUCUCCCUCGCCACAACGAAAGUCCGAGAACCCAAACCCACUUCCCCAACCUCCAUUCCCUCUCCCUCCAUUCCCUCUUCGUGUGCAUCCAAUCGACGAACCCACAACCCAGUCGAGGACGACAAAACAACGACCACAAAAUCCAGUCGACACGCACCACCGUCCUCACGCACCACCGUCCUCAAUCGACACCCACUUCAGUCAAAAAGAUGGCUCCCAGACUCAUUAUUCCAGCACCCGAGCAUUUCACUGGCCGCGUCACAUAUAGGGGCACUGGAAUUUUUGCAAAAAUUAAAGCUCGGUUUGAGGAGUUCAACCUUAAUAACACGGCGAAGGAAAGCCGUUUCGGGAGCUUCUGGAAUGCCGUACCACUGACAUUCUCCUCGGUGUUAUUUCACCAGCUGAUGCUCCACAAAAUGAAAGUGGAUGCUCAGGAGGAGUUGAGGAUGAGGUUUUAUGUUGGUCGGAAGGAGGUCCGAUUCGGGGUGCUGGAGUUUGCACUCAUUACGGGUUUGGACUUCUCCUCGGGGCCAACAGAAGAGGAGAAGGCUGCGCAGGUCGCGCGCUCGGGGUCAGACCGAUUGAUCAACAAAUAUUUCAACCGGUCUGAUAGUGUGAAGACAGAAGCACUCCAACUUCAGUUCACAAACUGCCAGAACCCGGAAGACUUGUACAAGCUCGGCUUGUGCUUGUUUGUGGAGUCGGUGCUUCGGGCCGCGAGGCCAACGCGCUGA